CCUCUCAGUUUAAGCACAAAUAUUUUCCGAAAAGACCUCAUCAAAACAAAAAUUUCACAGGGUAAUAUCAUCAAUAAAAAAGAUGGCACGUACAAAGCAGACUUCAAGUAAAUCAACUCCUCCUAAAAAACUCGACACCAAAGCUGAUCAUAUAUCAGCACUAUCCAUCGGAGUUGUCGAAAAACCUUCAGAUUCAACACAAAGCUUUGACGAGAUUCAACAUCCAUCAACUGACGUUGCAAAAUGUGAUGAAAUAAAAGAAUCUGAAGUGGAUGUUUUGUUAAAACGCAUAAGCGAGCUUGAAGCCGCACUUGAACAACGUGAAAAUAAGAUUGCUGAAUUUAAAAGUUUGAUGAGCAAAGUACAAACAUUUAAUUUUGAAACAUGAUUUAAACUGUUGAUUAAUUCAGGUGCUCUGUUUAAUACUAAUUUUAAAUAAGCAG